CAAACCGCACCCGCCCACCCCAAGGCUUUCUACGCUCUCUCCUUUUUCACACGCUUUCUGCGCCAGCCACGCUACAAACCCUAAUUCCUCUCGUGGAGAUAGAGUGGCACAUCAGAAACCGUAAUUCCUUCUGAAAGCCGUCGGAUCUUGUGUCUCUGUAUCAGGAAUCCUAAUUCCUUCAUAGAGCUGUUUGAGGGAGAGAGAUCGAGAUCUAAGCCCAAGCCAUGGGGAACUCAGAGAAGCUGAUGAACCAGAUCAUGGAGCUCAAGUUCACAUCGAAGAGCCUUCAACGCCAGGCUCGAAAAUGCGAGAAAGAGGAGAAAUCUGAGAAGCUCAAGGUGAAGAAAGCGAUCGAGAAAGGGAACAUGGAUGGAGCUCGAAUCUAUGCUGAAAACUCCAUUCGAAAGCGAUCAGAGCAGAUGAACUACCUUCGUCUGGCCUCUCGCUUAGAUGCGGUGGUCUCUCGCCUUGAUACACAGGCCAAGAUGAUGACGAUCAACAAAUCUAUGGCCUCCAUCGUCAAAUCCCUUGAAUCCUCCUUGGCCACCGGUAAUCUUCAAAAAAUGUCGGAAACCAUGGAUCAAUUUGAGAAACAAUUUGUGAACAUGGAGGUUCAAGCUGAGUUUAUGGAGAAUUCGAUGGCUGGUAGUACUUCUCUCUCUACACCAGAGGGUGAAGUCAAUAGCUUGAUGCAACAAGUUGCAGAUGACUAUGGCCUCGAGGUUUCGGUAGGUCUUCCUCAACCAGCUGCUCAUGCUGUUCCCACUAAGACAACAGAGAAGGUCGAUGAGGAUGACCUUUCUCGGAGGCUUGCUGAGCUCAAGGCGAGAGGCUGAGCUUGAAUUCAUUGGUGAAGUUUUCCCCUUUCUCAUGGUACCGUUUAUGGGUAUGGGGAUGAAAGCUAUAAAUUUCACUUUCUUCUUUUUCUGUUCUUCUUCUUUUUAUUGAAGAAUUUGGAUAUGGUGAUCGCCUUGUUUGUCAGAUAUUGAUCGCACAUUUGGAUUGCUUAUUAUGUAACCAUGCUGAAUCCUUCUUUGUUUGGUGGACUGGAAUGGGUUAUAAUAUUCUAUGUAUCUGCUUUAGAUGUAUAUAUGUGCUUUUUUAUGUGUAGUA